AUGGUUUCCAGUGUCCCCUCUGGCGGUUCCUGUCAGGUUCUCUUUAGCACUGGAGUCAGUUCCAAUCUACCCAUUAAGCUCCUCCUACCCAUCAAAGGCUCCACCCCCUGCCCUGCCCUUAGACCAGGAGACUAUGUAUUUGUUAGAACAAGAAUCAAAAUACUCAAAGGCGAUAUUUAUUUACCAGGUGUCAUUAUGGCACUCCCAGAAAAUCCCCGAGUAGGCGGAGCGCUAUUCUCGGCUUCCAUUUUUGGCGGUCGGAUUGUGACAUGUUCUCGUAGUUCCCUCGUUAAAAUUGGGCGUGUCCGAUACCGAGAGGCGUGUGACUGCCUCAUUAAUUGGCUAAAGAAAAGAGAAAAACUCGACUACAGGGACAUGGGGCCAACCACAUCAACACCAAAUAAGGAAAUGAUACAUGUAUUGCCACGGGAACUACCUAGCAACUUAUCUAGCUCAGAUGAGAGUAUUCCAAUUAAUGCCCAUUCACCGGAUGGCUCCAAACCUCUCUCUCCUCUUUCCCCUGGACCGGAGGAUGUUCCCUCGGAUGCUCCUUCAUAUCACGGGCCAGUGACUAUUGAAAGAGGCACAUCCCCUAUACCACUGAACGAGUCAAGGGGACUUGUUGAUAAAGAAACAU